AUGGACCGCCCGGAAGACCAAGAUCAGUACCCAAGAUGGUCUCCCGAACAUGCACGAUGGUAUCUUCCCUCGCCAUCGCGCUCUGCAAAUGUCUCCGAAGGGCCGACUUCUCAGCAGGCAACAGAAGUCGUCGCCGGCAGCGGAAUGGACCACCCCUCCGCAUCAGAUUUGCAAGCUCGCCCGGGCCCAUCCCAUCCCCCCCGUCCACGGCCUGUAUACCGUGCCCCCCCGGCCUUUCCCCCUUCUGCGGCGCCGGCGCCAGCUACUUUCGAAGCCCUCCCGUCAUUCAACGCCGGUUUCCCACCGGGCCCACCGGGUCCACAUCCGUUCAUUUUCUCUCACACUUUUCCUCCCUCCUUCGGCUCUCAACACACCCAAUCAGCUGGUCCACCCUCCCCCUCCCCCACUGCGUCGGGUUCGCGUGCAUCUGCGCCCGUGCACCCGCCGUUCUUGCGCUCUGAAUCAAGUUCCCGGGAGGGCAGUCCCGAGCUCCGUGGUGCCCAUCAUCCUGCUCCUGCACAGCCGAAUCCCACCGCCGUGACGUCAAAGUCUGACAAAGGGAAGAAACGUGCCCUUGAGCACGGGACAAGCUCGGUCGCAAAGAAGCCGCGGGUCGCUCCGAAACCGAAAGCUGCCCCACCCAGGCUGAGUGCGAAGGCCAAGGGCAAGCAGGUGGUCAGGCCGCCAGCCGCUCUCCCUCAAAGCCACAACGGUCGUCAACCGGGCGCCUCCAACUACACAGACGAAGACAUGGAUGCCCUGCUCGACCUCGUUGAGGUAGAGCUUCCCAUUGGGCAGAACGCUUGGCAGCGCAUCACGGACGACUUCAACAGCUGGGCGCGGGAGAACGGCCGGCCGCCGCGCACGCAGAAGCCCCUCAAGACCAAGUACGAUACACUUGUGCGCACACCGAAGCCAACGGGCAGCGCCUCCGUUCCCGCCAACGUUGAGCGUGCCUGGGAAAUCGAAGAGCACAUCAACGAGAAGAUUCACCUCGGUGUUCUCGAUGACGGGGACAUAGCGGACAACAACGAGGAGGUCAACGAGAGCAUCAUCGAAGUCGACGAUGAGGCAUCAAACUCCGAGGUUGAGAUCGUCGACCCGCCAGUCCGUGCAAGCGCGAAGGAGCGCGGGCUGCUUGCUGCGAGCGCUCGCAAGCCGUUCGCUCAGCCGGUUAUGAAGGGCUUCCGGGAUCAGGCCACCGCGUCAACCGCCCGUGCGGCUGCAUCCUCCCGCCGCGCUCAAGCACAGGAUUUCAUGUCCGCUGUCACCACAUCCCUGGAUCCCGCCGCACGCAAUGCGCGUGAUGAUGCGCGCUAUGCUCGCAGGUUCGCACAGGAUGAGCUUCAACGGCUAUCCAGCGACAACCGCGACCUUCGCACUCGCAACGACACGUUAACGGACCGACUGCACCAACAGUCCACAGAGGUUGCCCGUCUCCAGUCACGCCUCGACAUGAUGGAGAUGAUGCAGGCUGCACACGGGAAUGGCCGGCGGCGGCAUGAUGACUGGGAUACCGAUGGCUCUCCGCGUCCACGUCGUCCACGCUCCUAUGCACGAAGGUACUCCUCCCCACCACCGCCACCCAUGUCUCCCCCCCGCAUCAUCCCCUCCGCAUGCAACGUCUCCAUGCAUAGCCCAUCACCGUCCCGGUCCUAUCCUGCCAGGGAGCGUCAGCUCGACGCUUCCCCCAUCCGACACUUUGCGGGAUCUACUCCACGCUCUGGGAUUCCGCCUCCACCUUCGCUGUCUGCAUUCACAUUCACUCCUACCGCGUCGGGCAGCUCUCUUGACACGCUUGCGGCGGCCGCCUCCACGUCGACCGCACACCACAUGCACGAGCAAGAGGACGCUCCUUCGGUCACGCUGACCUUCACGUCGCCUCAGCGGCGCCGUGACUGGGAUGCUGGGAGCCAUAUCCCGCGUUAA